AUCUCAGGUCCAGUUUCGCUUUAGAUCGAGGAAAACGUCGCAGAGAUCCCGGAACUACAAACAAAGUAGUCUUCUUGGAUAGCACAGGGCACACAGGUAAGAGCCCCCCUCGAGUUUUAUUGUAAAAAGUGAAGGUAAACUUAUGUGAAUGGUGCUGUUUUUCUUGAUAGAAGUUUGUUAAAGUGAGGAGGACUGAAUAUCUGUGGUUCAAACUUUGAGGAAAGUGAGGUUGUGUUGCUAGCUGACUCUCUUAGCCCGUAACAGAUUGUGUUGUAGAUGUUUGACGGAUCUAUCUCACCGGGAUGAUAGCAUUUUAAGCUGGUUGUUGUGUAUUUAUGGAACUGACGGUGUUGCUUGUAAGAUAUUCAGCUGUUUCAUUGUGAUUUGUGAACAGGGAUGGCCACCGCGCCACAGUCUAAACUGCAAAUGAGGUCGAGUGAUCUCAUCAAAAAGGAGCCUCUUGCCUACGGAGGAUUUGGAGAAGUCUACCUGUGCUACCAUGUCACCCUCGGACAGGUGGUGUUGAAGACUAUGUACACUGGCCCCCUUCGUAACGAGUGAGUUCUGAGUGUGUCUGUUCUUGUAUGGGGUCUGCUCUGCUGCUGGGUAUUCCCCUUAAUGCUGAGUGGAGUCAUGUGCUCCUAUUGGACACAGACUCUUCCCGUCACACAGACUGAUGUUUAAGUCUGAUUUUUCCUUCCUGACAGCCUACAGAAAGCACUUUGACUUCAUUCGUUUAUGUGAUAUUAACUGUAAAAUGUGGUCAUCAUGGAAUAAGUUGUAACCCCAGUUUGUGAGAACCUCCCCCAGUUCUGUGUUAUGAAAAAAAGCAUGCUCUGACUUCUUGGUACUUCCUUUUGUCUACUAGAAAGAGGCGUCUGAAAAGCGGAUGUUGGUCUGGCAUUCACAUUCACUGGUUCCUAAAUAUGUAGCUAUUCACCUUUCUAAUUCAAAUCAAAUCAAACUUGAUUUAUAAAGCACUUUUCAUACAAAAGAUGUAACACAAAGUGCUUCACAGUCCAUUAAGAACUAAAAAAACAAAACAAAAAGUCACAUACAGUGUCUCCCCUAAAGCCACAUACACACACACUAACAGCAGUACAUAAGGACACUAAGAUAGUGAAUCUUAGGUCAGGUAAAGCUGAAGAUAAGAGAUGAGAGAUGUGGCACACACCAACCUCCAUCAGGAACCCCGUGACCGGCCCUGCGACCACAGCUGACCACUGCUCCCGGAGCUGAGGGCUCCCCCAGAGGAAACACUGGGGUCCUAAAAAUGAUGAAAGGAUAAAAACAAGUAAAAACUAAAAUAUGAAUAAAACACAGACCAACUCAGUGACAAUAAAAACAAAUAAAUACAAAAUAAGAAACCGUGUCUAACUAGAAUAAAUGGAGAUAAAAAUAAAUAAAUAUUAAUCAAAAGCUAAGCUAAAAAGGUGGGUCUUGAGCCUGCUCUUAAAAACAUUAACGUUCUCUGCAGCCCUGAGGUCCUCUGGCAGGCUGCUCGUCGUGGGUGUGUGUCCUGACUUUUGGAAUGACUAGGAGCCUGCUGCCAGAGGAGCGCAGGGUCCAUGAAGGUUCAUAAGGUAAAAGCAGUUCUGAAGGAUAGGAAGGCCCAAGACCAUAAAGACGUUUAAAAACAAGUAAAAGAACCUUAAAAUUGAUCCUUAAACACACAGGGAGCCAAUGCAAGGAUUAUAAAACCAGUGUAAUGUGGGCAUGCCUCCUGGUAGUCAGGACAUGACACAUUUCACAGACUGCAUGUUAAAAGAUUCACUCGUACUAACACUCAAACUCAACUUAAAUUUCUGGUGUACCAAACUGAUUGCUGAACCAACCGACGGGCUUAUUUAGUAUUAUAUUUAAUAUUCAAAUCUGUAUUUAGAGCAAUAACCCUGAAUUAACUGUCCAAUCAGGCACAACAGGGCUGAAGAAUGACCAUAUUUGAUCGGCACAUCCUCAUAGUCAAUAAUAAGUCUACUACAAGACUGAAAUGAUUAAGUUUGUUAGUAAAUUCUCACCAUGUUACUUCACUUUCCAGGGAGAAUAAGAGGUCCCUGCUGGAGGAGGGAAACAUCAUGGCAAGCCUGAAUCAUGAGCGUGUGGUCAAGCUGCUGGGUGUGAUCAUGGAGGACAGAGACUGUUCACUAGUGAUGGAGCUCCUCCCCAGAGGAAACCUGUUGGUCAUGCUAGAAACGGUCAGGAAAACUCUUUGCAGCAUAUGUAAAUCAAUUGGGUUUUUUUUUCAUGAUUAAAGGGAUCUAUGUACCUAUUUUUUUCCAUUCCCAAGGUGUCUGUGCCGAUUUCAAUAAAGGGCAGGAUCAUCUUAGAGAUUUUGGAGGCCAUGAUCUACUUAACAGAGAGACAUAUUGUUCACAAGGACAUCAAGCCAGAAAACAUCUUAGUUGACAAAGAUUUUCACAUUAAGGUAAACAGCACUUUACUCAUGCUACAUGGCGCACCUCUGAUUCUGACAGUGUGUGCAUGUAUGCAGUCACUUUUCCUCUGUUGUUCCUAGAUUGCAGAUCUGGGCCUGGCCACCUGCCAGACGUGGAGCAGACUCACCAGGGAAGAGUCACGCAGGAAGAGUCGCAUGGGGCUGUCAGCUGGGGCGAGGGGGGCCGGCACACUGAGCUACAUGGCCCCUGAGCACCUGGAGAGUAUACACACACCCUCCACUGAGAAGUCUGAUAUUUACAGCUUUGCUAUUGUGGUUUGGGUCAUCCUCACAGGGGAAGAGCCUUAUGCCAGUGAGUGCUAGGAGUCCUAUUAACAUGUCAUGUAUAUUGUUAACUUUAUUUAGACAACCAGAGUACUGUAAGUCACUUUUCUCUACUCAGAUGCCAGAAGUGAAGAUCAUAUGAGCCAGUGUGUCCGAAAGGGGGACAGACCGGCAGAGGACCUUUUACCAGUUGACACACCAGUGGAGAUAAUCACGCUUAUGAAGAGGUGCUGGGACCACCAUCCAAUGCAAAGGCCGACAUUCAAAGGUGCACUUAUAAGAUUUUAAUUAGUUUAUCAGCAAUAACCGAACCUUUAUAUGUAAUCUGACAAACACAACUCAACCUCCUCUAAAUUUCAAGUUACACAAUUUGACUCCUUAAUUUAAAGUGCAAAUUCCUUUCUCAUCUAUUCCUCUUUUCCUUUUCUUUCUUUGCAGAGGCCUACAACCAUUUCCUUCCUUUCUACAUGGAAAAGCUUGAACCGUGUGUAGAGGAGGAUUUACAUGAACUAAGGGUAGAAAUUUCUCUUUCAUAUUCAGUGUUGUAAUUUAGGUUUGCAAGUCUGGAAGUUAAAAUAACAACAAUAAAAAUGUAUGUUCUGGCUACUUGUUGUCACAAUUUUCUAUUCAUUUUCAGAAAUCAUAUGAGGGCCCAGAUGACCUUGUGGAGAAGAUGAAAUCACUGACUUUUGAGUGUUUGCCAGGAGGUUAGCGUUUUAGGCAACCCUUGAUAUACAGUCCACACUGUGUGGCAUGUGAAGUUUGAGAGAUAAACAGCUGAAGUGAAAUAUUUAUUCCCGGCUGCUUUUGUUUUUCUUUUGCAGAUAGCCCUGCUCCUUUGGUGAGUUCAGACAGAGUUGUCUCUGAGCCUGUUGAAGCCAGUAUUGAGGACCUCCAUGGACAUCAGUAUGAGCCAUGUGAUGGGUCCGUGCAGGUGGAUGCAAAGGUCUUAAGCAGUCCUUCAGUUCUUGAGGAGAAACUGGAUCGGGAGCUUCAGUACCACAAACACGGUAGCUACGCCUGUGAGAACCAGCUUGGAGCUGCAAACUGCCACCAUCAAAACAACUCAAACCCUUUCAUGCAAAACGACUUCGGCUUCCCCGACCAUGCCAUAAGCCAGCCAGAACAAGACAAAUCUCCCUUUACAUCCUCUGUCCAUUCCUGGACAAAACCUGAGCCAGUUCAGCCUACAAGCCAGGAAGAGGCUUGGUAUCGCCCAGCUGCUGGUCUCUAUGAUUCCAUGAACACUUCCAUGCCAACUUCUGCCAGCACCCCUUCACUACCACAGCUUAACCAGCAGCACCCAAACUCCCAUUAUGACCGUCAGCAGUCCUGGCCAAUAUACCCAGUGUCCGACACCUCUGCGCCUGAUGUGGGUUCUGGGCGUCUUCUGGUUCCUUCAAAGGGAAACACACUUCAGGAUACAGGUACAGACAGUUACUAUUGUCAGCUUUGUCGAAGAGACUGUGUUUUAUAUAUGUUUGCUUUUUGCCUGCUGUAGGAUCUCUUUUCAUCCAGAACGCCAGCGGGAUCCAGAUUGGGAGCAACAACUCGAUGAGUAUCAGAGGUCAUGACUCCACCCACAGUUUGUCGUCUCAAACUGCGAACGGCUCAGCUCUCUCUCGGAUCAAAGAGGGCAUUCUGAAAUACGGUAAACCACAACAACAUUUGAACCUGGCUGAAAUAGUAAUGGCUGUAGAGUUUGUUAUGUCACCUUUUCUCCUUUUAACAGCACUUUUGAAGGAUGACACACUGUAAAGUGUGGACCAGGGGCUGUGUCAUUUUGCAAAGGAAAAACAGUCAGAGCCAAAAACUUUCUCCCCUUCCAUUCAGCUUCUCUGGCUUUCUAAGCUAACCUCAGGAAUUUAAAGAAGUUUAGUAAAUCAGUGGUGUUCAGAUUGCAGCCUUAUAUAAACUGCUGGCAUUCUCUGAUUCAGAAAGGACCCUGAAAUACUGUUGCUCAUAUCAGGAGUUGCUCUCUUGGCUUAUGGGCAUUUGUAGACAAAGAGCUGACACACCAAGUAACUUCGUCUGCUUUCAACCUUUGUAAACUCUGAUUCAUAAAAGCGUGUCCACAAUAAGAAUAACUCAUUUUCAAGUUUGGUUGUAUUUCGGUUUCAUGUACCGUACACAAUUCUACUUAAAAACACUAAACCAUUCCUUUAAAAGCCUGUACUUGUUGAAGGGGUACAGGGUAGAGCUUUUAAAUAUCUUUCCUCCAUCUGUUGAUUCAAAACAUUAGGCACAUGGUUUACUCUUAAAUAGAAAAGCUCUCAUUUUUGAGUAGCUUAAGUCAGAGAUGUAAAAAAAUGACUAAAAGUUAAGACUCUAAUUUUACAAAAAUCAUCACAGCUAAGAUCUUUUUCUGCUUUAGAGGACCAUUCUGUGACCGAGGAUCACCUGGAUCUGCUGAGGGAAAACAUCGGGAACAAGUGGAAGCGCUUUGCACGGCGACUGGGUUUGACCUCAGUGGAAAUAGAGACCAUUGAGCAUGAUUGUUACCGCGACGGCCUGCCGGAGAUGGUGCACCAGAUGCUGGAUCGUUGGAAGAUGAAGGAGGGAAGCAUCGGCUGCACCAUUGGGAAGCUUUGUCGAGCUCUGGAGGGUAACAUAGACAUAGACAUUAUCCAGAAAAUAUUGGACACCUGUGGGUCUUCACCUUAAAUUUCCUAAACUUUGGUAGAUUUACUUCGCUCAAUUCUCUUCCAUUGAAUUUCUGCCCAUGAUGGCAGCAAUUUCAUACAGCCUUAACCAAAAUGGAGAACUUUUUAGGAGUUUUGUUGAGUAUGUGCAAAGCAAAAAAUGAUAUAUGUGUAGGUCAAAACUUGAGCAGGACUGGUAAUCAGUGCUCUGUGUAGAGCACCUAUGCAGAAAACAAUACUUGUUAGUAGGAAUUUAAAAAUCUGUUUGUAGUUUAUUCAAGUAAAAAUAUCCCUUUCUUACAAUUCACAGUAUUCUGAGCAUCAUCAGGAGCUCCUACAAGACAGCAGCCUCCUGUUUUAUUUUUGGAUGGUCACAUCACUACUGCAAUUAUCUAUAUUUCUGUCACCCUGCCCCUUUUAAAAGUUACUGGGUCACCGUGUAGGUAUUUGGUGAAUAUUUUGCCACCAAAAGCGGGAUUUAUUUGUUUAUUUAUCUUCCUAGCAGGGCUCUGGUUACAGCUUUUAAAUUUAGCAGUUUGUCAAACAACCUCUUGGUCUUCAUUUAGUUUAACUGUUUUUCCACCAAAUAUAUCUCAGUAAGUGGGAAAUAUGAAACACUGUAAGGGUUGGGCUCUUUUAAAUAUGGGAUUUAACAAUCAUUGUUUAUUUUUAAUUCACUAUGAAUAAGUCAUGCUCUCAAAGAAGUAUUUCUUUUUCAGACUGUUAAUGUGUCAUAAACAUACGUAAAUAAAGAGGGAAUAUUUUGUGCAAUCAUUUCCAAAAGCCAAUCAAUCUUUAUUUGUAUAGUGCUAAUUCACAAGUUGUCUGAGUGAUCGUGUAAUGAAAAGCCUUCGAGUUUUCUCUUGUUGACCAUAGCUUUGACAGAAUAAUGGACUUAUAACAAGUAUAAAUUAAAUAGGGUGUGGAAAACAUUUAUUCUAGCCUGCUAUGAGCACAGAACUGAAGGGCGCUUUAAAAAAAAAAACGUGAAAAUGCUUGAGUAUUAUGUGUCCAGUAGGGGUCAGUACAUUAGUAUUACGUAUACAGUAUACGGUAUAAUGUGUCUGCUAUGGACUCUGUUCUCCCAUUUCACACAUUGCACUAACAGUGCAUGAAUCUUGAUAAAGUGACUCUCUAAGCUGAUAAGAUUUCAGGUUGUACUUUAUGAAGUGUUUUUUAACACUCAAUCCGAUUUCAUUUUUCAAUUAUUUUCCCCACAAUUCUAAGAGCCGUACUAAGUCUGGAUCUGUAAGAAAGCCUUUUUGAAUAAAAUGUUUGUACAUAUCUUUCUAAAA